GGUUGCAAGUGGGUUUGUAGAGGGAAUUGAGUCUGUGGUUGGAUUGCCAGCGAAGAGAGCAGGAGGCGGACGGCGGCGGCGUUUGGUGGAGAUGGAAGUAAACAACGGAGGCGCAGCGGGGCAACCGGAGGGCUUCUCCUCGGUUAUACCGGGGUGGUUCUCGGAGAUUAGCCCAAUGUGGCCAGGAGAAGCGCACUCGUUGAAGGUAGAAAAGAUAUUAUUUCAGGGAAAAUCUGAUUACCAGAAUGUCAUUGUUUUUCAGUCAUCCACUUAUGGGAAAGUUCUUGUCUUGGAUGGCGUCAUUCAGCUCACAGAGAGAGAUGAAUGUGCUUACCAAGAAAUGAUCACUCACCUUCCUCUCUGCUCAAUUUCAAACCCGAAAAAGGUUCUGGUAAUUGGAGGAGGAGAUGGAGGUGUCUUGCGGGAAGUAUCUCGUCAUGCCUCUGUUGAGAAGAUAGACAUCUGUGAGAUAGAUAAGAUGGUUGUUGAUGUUGCAAAGGAAUAUUUCCCAAGUGUGGCUGUUGGAUUUGAGGAUCCCCGAGUCACGCUGCACAUUGGAGAUGGAGUUGCAUUUCUCAAGGCUGUGCCAGAGGGAACUUAUGAUGCAGUUAUAGUGGAUUCUUCAGACCCGAUAGGUCCAGCACAAGAGUUGUUUGAAAAGCCCUUCUUUCAGUCGGUAGCCAAGGCUCUUCGUCCAGGAGGGGUUGUGUGCACUCAGGCUGAAAGCAUUUGGCUUCACAUGCACAUUAUCGAAGAUAUUGUUGCCAACUGCCGACAGAUUUUCAAAGGCUCAGUCAAUUACGCCUGGACCACAGUCCCAACAUACCCAAGUGGUGUUAUUGGUUUCAUGCUUUGUUCCACUGAGGGUCCCCCUGUUGAUUUCAAGAAACCAAUUAACCCAAUAGAUGCGGAUGAUAGUCAUGUGAAAACCAAGGGACCAUUGAAGUUCUACAACUCUGAGAUACAUUCUGCAGCUUUCUGUCUACCCUCAUUUGCCAGAAAAGUCAUCGAAUCAAAGGCCAAUUGAAGAAGCUCUGGAGCUAUUAUAGAAGCAUAGGAACCAAGCUGUUGUUUAGUUCCUUAUUUAUAUGCUCAUUUAAAUGCAUCCACCAACAGUCUAGAAGUGAAAUUUUGAGUCAGUUGAUGGUUGAACCGGUUCUUUAAGUAGUUCUUUUGUUAGAAGGAAAAAGUCUUUCGUCGGUCCUCUACUCCAGAUUUCAUCGUUCUUUUUUCUUUAGAUGAAAUUUAUCCUAACAUCAAAUAUUAGUUCACGACAAGCACUAUCGUUAUUAUUAUCGCGAUAUUAAGUCUC